UUAUGCGGAAUUAGUGUCUUUCCCCUGCUUCCACAUUGAAAUCAAAAGCAAACAUGGAAACUUGACAGAGUAAGAAGAUAGAAUAAUACGAUGGCAAUCCCAGAAGACGAAGCUGCAGCCUCAGGAGCAGAAAGGGCUCAAUCUCAGAAUCCCAUUCCCAACGGCAACCCAAAUCAAAAUCCAAAUUCAAAUCCAUAUCCAAAUCCAAAUUCCAAUCAAAACCCUAACCCUAACUCGCCUCAUUCCACUAAAGGAUCCAUAGGGAAAUCGUGCAAGGGAUGCACCUACUACUCAUCGACUUAUAAAACCAAAUCCAAAUAUCCCACAUGCGUGGGCAUCUCCAAAACACUCCAGGGUCACUCUCUCUUGGUCUACAAUUCAUUUUUUUUUGCCAGUUUGGUUCGAUUCUUGAAAAAAACACCCCCUUUUAUUUUGGGAGAAGCUGAUUUGGCAGCUAUGAAAGAGGGCUGCAGUCUUGCAAAUUUCAAGUAUGCCUGUAUUGGGUACUCUGUUUACUUAGACGAUAAAGACUCUUCAGCUGACUUGCAAGAUAAAAAGGCAAAAUUGCCCUUAUGCUUUGGUCUACAGGUUUUCGUGAAACCAAAAGGUGCUGUUGGCCAUGAUAAAACUGAAGGUCUUGUUUGUCCUGAAGAUGAACAUGGUACUCUUAAACCUUGAAGAUAUACCCCUCCAAAUCGUACAACUGAGUUCUUCAACAGGUUUCAAAGAAAUGCAGGCCUGGUGGUAUCUUAGGUCAACGAAGGUUACUGUUGUUUUAAUUCGUAUCGGAAAUAAAUUCAAUUUUGCAUACUGGCAUCUUAGGUCAAUUUUUUUUAUACAUGUAAUUGAAUUAUAAAUAAUAUUUACACAAUGGUCAGUUUCUUUACCACAUUCUGACUUUGGUUAAAAUAUUUUGUUUUCUGUGGCGAGUUGAUUUGUGUAUAGUUUUGGAUUGUGAUAUAAGGAAGAGUAUGUUUUUGGUUCGAUAACAUGUGGUCUUCCAAUGUGGACCCCCAAUAUUGGUAUACUGGUUUGACAGACGCCUAUAGUUUUUUUUAAUGAAUUGAUAGUAAAAGUUCAAAGGGAUCGAUGUGUAUGACAUGGCAUACUUGGUCUUUUUUUCUUUCAUUUUUUGGAAUCGAAUGUUUUAUGUCUAAGUUGAUGCUUGAAUGUCAAUGAAACUACUUAAUCAUCCACUGCAAUAUUACAAAGUAUCGAGAUUGAGUUUUUUUUGGAAGAUUGCAGAACGUUAAGCACAAGAGAAUUUUUGCUGUACGUGGGCAAUUUGAAGAAGUAAAAUGUACAUUUGUAUUGAUUUUCUAUUCAAAAAUAGAUUAUUUUUAUAACACU